UCUCCCUUUCUCUACCCCCCUCCCACACCCCAUCGUUGGCAGCGAUGACGAAGACGUAUAUCAUGAACGGUCUGGUGGAGAAGAUGCAAUCCCCAGACCAGGACUUCCGGUACAUGGGCCUGAAUGACCUACUACUGGAGAUCAAGCAAGAUCCUAAUAGCUUCUUGGGCGAUGAGGCCUCAGAGAACAAAGUGCUCAAGCAGGUGCUCGCGCUCGUGGAGGACAAGAUCUCGGAGGUGAAGAACCAGGCGGUCAAAUGUCUAGGACAGCUCAUCAAGAUCAUUCGCGAGUCCCAGAUGGAGACCGUCGUGGACAAGUUGAUUGAGUUCUCUGCCGGCAAAGAUGAGGAGCUCCGGGAUAUCGCUGGACUAGCGUUGAAGACCAUCACCUCGGAGCUUCCGUCCGACGGCAAGAUUGCCCUCAAAGCUUGCGAGAAGCUGACGCCCAAACUCCUCGGACAGCUUCAGAACCCGAGCACACCACCAGAGACCCUCAUCGAAACCCUCUCGAUCUUGUCUAUCUUGAUCAGCCGCUUCCCCGGAUACUUGAUCGGCCUGGAGGUCCAGCCCAUACAAGUACUAACACCUAUGCUCUCGCAUCCCCGACCAGCCGUCCGGAAACGGGCUAUCACGACCCUGGCACAGUUCUUGCCGUACUCGCAACCUCAGCAUUUCACCGAAUUGUUGAGCGCGUACAUUGUCCCUGGUCUGACGCCGUCCGCCAACCUCGAGAAGCAGCGCACAGUUGUCCAGCUGGUUGCGGCGGUUGCCCGCCAUUCUCCGCAUCAAAUCGCAGCUGCACUGAGUGAGAUCGCGCCUAGCAUCCUCAAGGACUCGCAGCGCGACGAUGAGGAACUGCGUGAGAGCUGUCUUCAGGCUUUGGAAGGGCUUGUCCUCAGGUGUCCUGGCGAGAUUACGCCGUUCCUCAGUUCGACCAUCCAAGUCGGCAACCAGUACAUCAAGUACGACCCGAACUAUGCAGGCGGUGACGAUGACGAAGAUGAAGAUAUGGCUGACGAGGACGAUGAGGACGAUGAGGAGCUGGGCGACGAGUAUGAAGACGACGAGGACACCUCGUACAAGAUCCGUCGUUCAGCGACGAAACUCCUUGCCGCUGUUAUCGCCACGCGUCCAGAACUGCUCACCACUCUGUACAAGGAGGUCUCUCCAGUGCUCAUCUCUCGGUUUGGUGAUCGUGAAGAAACCGUUCGGCUGGAGGUAUGGUCCACCUACAGCGUGCUCUUGACCCAAACUGGCGUGUACGGUGGAUCACCGCAAAGCAACGCAGAAUACACGGUAGGAGGCAAGCGUAAGCGCGAAGAAGGCAUGGAGGUCGAGGAGACGCCGUACGGCUUGCUGCAAUCACAGGUGCCUUCCCUCGCGAAGGCCCUCCUUAACCAGAUCAAGUCGCCGAAGACGCCUGCACCUACUCUCGAAGCCGGGUUCUCCCUUUUGCACAAGCUUCUGACUGUCCUUCCUGGCUCUCUCGCGAACCAGUCGGCACAGAUUAUCGCCGACGCGAAGAACGUCCUCUCUACUUCGUCCCGGAGCUCAGCGUCCCUGCAGGUGACAUGCAUGUCCUUCCUCGCGCUCUUCUUCUCGAAACACCCUCCUGCUGUCUAUGCGCCCCAGCUCGAGUCUAUCACGCCGUUCUUGUUGCAGGCUCUGGCGGAGAAGCACCCGCGGAUCGCCUCCGAGGCUUUCCGCAACUUCUCUGCGCUGCUGAACGCUAUGCAGCCGGUGAAGAGCGGACAAUGGGUCGACCGCGUCUACGACGAGGCCGUGCGACGUCUGAGCAAUCACGAUACGGAUGCAGAAGUUCGCUCGUGCGCAGAGGAGUCUAUUGGAGACCUGUGGAUCUCCGCGACGGAUGUUGUGAAGACAAAGAACAGGAAGGAGUGGGAGUACAUUUGCAGGACCACUGGCCGCACGGAUGGUGCCGUCAAGGUCGUCACCGAGGUAGCGACGAAGGUGGAAAUGGACGACGCGUGGGUGAAUGGUUCUGUCGAGUGGGUGUCGACCCUCUUGAAGAAGAGUGGGCGUACGGGUAAGGUGGAGGCGUUCAACUGCUUGGACGCCCUCUUGAGGAGAUAUUCCGCGAUCCCAGCUGAUCUAUCCGCAAACCUCAUCCCGACGCUCAAGGCGUACAUCAUCCCCGCCGACAUCCUGCUCCUCGGUGCCGCACUCGACAUCAUCGCUCUCCUGCUCGAGCUCUCCCCGGUGGCGACGUUCCCCGAGGUCGAGCGCGACGUGCUCACGGACGUCUACGGGAUCGCGCACUCGCCGCUUCUCGCGGGCGCGCCGUUCGACUCCGUGCUCGCGUUCUACGCGGCGCUCGUCGAGGCUGACAUGCAGAUCGCGCCGCACGUCGUCGCGAACCUCGUUUCCUCGGUCGAGAAGGCGCCGAAGGGCGAUGUGAGCCUCCCGAAUGUCGCCAAGUGCGUGGGCCAGGUCGUCAAAUCCCAGCGUGCGGUCGCCGCCGGGACGAUCGCGGAGUUCGCCCGGCACCUCAAGCCGACUUCGAAAGCCAAGACGCCGCAAGUCGUCCUCAGCCUGCUCGUCGUGGGCGAGGUUGGACGCUUCAUCGAUAUGUCGCCUCAGCACGACAUCUUCACCCAUGCGAUCGAGCGGUUUACCGCAGAGCAGGAGGAGGUUCGUACAGCAGCUGCCUUCGCCGCAGGCAACAUGGCGGUCGGAAACCUGCACCACUUCUUGCCCGUCAUCGUUAAGAUCGUCGAGAACGAACAGGAGAGGCGUCUGCUGUCUCUGCACGCCCUGAAGGAGAUCGUGACGCACUGCUCGCACGGACAGCUGGAGACCGUCGCGGACAUGCUCUGGACGCCGCUGUUCGAGAACUCGGAGAACCAGGAAGAGACGACGCGGAACGUCGCUGCGGCGUGCCUCGGCAAGCUCACCACGACGCAUCCCUCGCGCUACCUGCCUCAACUCCAGGCUCGCAUUGCGGACCCGAAUCCCGCUACGAGGGCCACCGUGCUGUCGGCGAUCCGUUAUACGUUCGCGGAGAGCCCGAGCUCGUUCGACGAGCUGCUCGGCACUGUCAUCAUGGACUUCCUGUCGUUGCUCUCUGACUCUGAUUUGACUGUCCGUCGUCUCGCACUGUCGGCACUAAACUCUGCUGCCCGGUCGAAACCGCACUUGAUCCGCGACCACCUGCCUGCGCUUCUGCCGAGCCUGUACAAGGAGACGCUCGUCAACCCGGACCUCAUCCGUACUGUGCAGAUGGGCCCGUGGACACACAAGGUCGACGACGGUCUCGAGGCCCGCAAGACAGCGUACGAGACGCUCUACACCCUCCUCGACACGUGCCUGUCACGCCUCGACCUGCACGAGUUCCUGGGGCACGUCACGGCGGGGCUCGCGGACGACUCGGACGAGGUGAAGGUGAUCUGCCACAUGAUGCUGUUCCGGCUGGCGCAGGUGGCGCCGACGGCGACGGCGCAGCGGCUGGACGAGCUGGCCGCGCCGCUGGAGAAGAGCAUGAAGGGCGCGACGAUGACGAAGGACACGGUGAAGCAGGACAUCGAGCGCGCGGCGGAGCUGCAGCGGAGCACGCUGCGCGCGGCCGCGGCACUGAGCCGGAUUAGCCAGCCCGGCGCGAGCCCGAAGUUCGAUGCGUUUGUGGCCGCGACGCAGAAGUCGGCGGAGUGGGGCGUCGAGUUCAGGGAGCUCGUUGGUGCGUGAGCGAGCGUGUGGGCGUCCGGUGCGUAUACUGUGCACCCCGGCGAAGAGAAGAAAGAGAACUCGAGUGUUGUACCGAAAGAAUGUCGAGCGAAUGUCUCCCCGUGUAUCUUUGAAUGUUCCCCCCUCGCUCCGCAUCGAUGCGUCUUCCAUGUUCCAUCUGUGUGUUAGAUAUCUCGCGUAGUGCUGUCGUCCAUCGAUUUCCCCUUCAC